GAAAGAGAUAUCUGGUAUUGAUGGUGAGGGUGGGUGCAACGUGAAGAAGCAAAGUUUGGUGUGGGGACAGAAGGACGAAAAUAAUGGUAAUAAGAAUGAGAUUAAGCAGGUUGAGAAAAUGAAGAGAAACAGGUAAAAAGAAAAUUCUCAUAUGGAUGACAAUAUUAAUUAUAACCACUUUUGUGUACAGUAGUCAAAUGUACCAAACCAUUCCAGAAACCUUCAAGGAUAUAUUUUCAAGCUGGUGGUUUACAGUCACAUAUCAACAGUCAUAUCAUUUCUCAUAUAUUCAUUUGACAAAUAAUUGUUCUGACUCCGUUCAGAUCCUUGUUGCUGUGUGUUCAGCCCCAAUAAAUAUACUGCGUCGAAAUACCAUACGAGAGACUUGGGGUCAAUAUGCUAGGAACAAUUCAAACUUUAAGAUGGUUUUUUUUGAAGGUGUUACACAUAGUCCUGGUGUUCAAGAUGAUAUUCAUGAAGAAAGUGUAAAAUAUGGUGAUAUUGUACAAGAGAACUAUAUUGAUCAUUAUGAAAACUUGUCUUUAAAGUCAAUUGCUUAUCUGCGUUGGGUGAGUUCUUCAUGUAGGAAAGUAAAAUUUGUGUUGAAAACAGAUGAUGAUAUGUAUAUAAAUCUUCCAUUGUUAGAAAAAACACUUAUGAACAUGAAACGUUCUAGGUUUAUCAUGGGUUUACUUUUUCAACAUGUUGUACCAAUCAGACAUAAUUCAUCAAAAUGGUACACACCCAUAUCAAAAUAUCAAAAGAAUGAGUUUCCUGAUUAUAUGUCCGGGACAGCUUAUCUAAUUUCAGGCGACAUAGUACCAGAAUUAUAUGCAGAAUCAUUUAAUGAAAAGCUUUUCUGGCUUGAAGAUGUUUAUAUAACAGGGAUGCUUGCAAACCGAGUGAAUGCAACAAGAAUAAACAGUAACAUGUUUACAAUCCAUAACCAACAAUACACUGGCUGUGCCUACAGAAACAUAAUAAGUGGACAUCAUGUGACGCCAAAAAAUAUGAAAAUUAUUUAUCAACAAUUAAAAGACGUAAAUCUUGUUUGCCAUUAAUUUUCUCUUUUAAAAAUAGUAGUUGAAGCCUGUAGAAAUGAACUUAGUGCCCAGCUUUCUUGAAUAUCAUUGCAUUAUAUUCUGAGUUAACUUCAUAUUCUGGAUGAUUUCUUUCUUCCUUCUGAGGAUAUGGUUGAUAAAAUAAGCAACAGUAAUAUACUGAGGAUCAAUUUUCAGAAACUUGCUUUGCAGCCACAUUGUUUUAGAUUUAAUCUAACAGUGGAGUAAUUUGGGCAACUAUUUUCUCUCUUUUUCUCUGAAUAAGCUGCAUUCAAAAUGCCACAGUCAAACACUUCUUACAUGAGAAAUCUGACUGAAAAGUGAGCUGGCAGGAAGCAGGACUGUUUCUCAGAAAAUAUAGAAAAAGAUGAAUAAUAUUUCAAAGACUCAAAUUAAUUAAUUUUCAAAAUAAUGUCCUAUCAUUACUCACAAUCAUUCCUUUAAUUUUAGAAUAAUUAUAAAGAAUACAACUGCAAGCAAUUUUUUGCAUGUGAAUGUGAAUCCUAAAUAGCAUGUAACAAAAUUAAUAAUGCUGAAACUGGCAACUCACCUGGUGAUUUUAGACUUAGGUUUUCCAUACUCUAAUCCUCCUCCUUCUUUGCCUCCUCAUCACUGCUGCCGCCACCACCACUACCGCCACCACCACCACCACCAUCAUCAUUUAACAUCCGUUUUCCAUACUAGUAUGAGUAGAUGGUUUGACAGGAGCUAGCCAGCUGAAGAGCCACCCAGGCUCCAUGUCUGUUUUGGUAUGGUUUCUACUGCUGGAUGUCCUAUGUCCAAAACAUUUUGGUACACUCAUUUGCUAUUUAAUUGACUAUGUAUUAAUUGGAAAGAGUAAUAUCACUUUUUUUUUAAACAUUCUGUGAAGAUGUUGAAAGGGUUUCAUGGGCUACAUAGAACCAACAUUUCAAGCUGCAUGCAGCUCAUGGGCCAUAGUUUAACCAAUCUGGUAUAGAAGUCUGUUUCUGACUCUUAAGCAGCUGUGUAGAGGCUCAUUUGUUGGCUCAUUCAGGAACUAGUAGUACCUGAUGGUUGUGAUAACAUUUAGAUGCAUUAUAUAUAACACACAAGGAACAAAGUUGAAGCAGAGGGAAUAAACAAAUCAUCCAAAUAAUUGACUAACCUUCACAACUUCUACCACAUCUUCCUAUCUCUGAUACUGUUACUACAACCUUUACACACAACAACCGUUGUCACUUCUGUCUAUUCUAUUCUGCAUCAACCUACUCUCAUUACAACACUACCACAUCUUUUCUGUUUCUGGUACUGUUACUUCAACCUUCACACACUACAACUACACAAUCUCUAUCAAUUUUUCUACCACAACAAUGGUACCUGUCCAUACUCA